GUAAACUAGCCCUGCCAACGUUCAGCUUUAGUUCUUUGUUUUAUUGUAUAUUUAAUCAUGUCAUUUUCAGAUUUAUAUGCAAAAUAUAAUUGUACUUAUUGUCAAGAAGAAAUUAGUGGCGUACGCGUCAAAUGUGCGGAAUGUAUCGACUUUGAUAUUUGUUUGCAGUGUUUUUCCCUUGGCGCAGAAAUUGGAUCGCAUAAAAAUGACCACUCUUAUCAGUAUAUGGACUCUGGAGCGUUUGGGAUAUUUUUAGGACGAAGUAGUUGGUCAGCAAAUGAAGAAGUUAGAUUACUUGAUGCCAUAGAACAGUUUGGGUUUGGAAAUUGGGAAGAUAUAGCUAAACACAUAGAAACACGGACCCCAGAAGAGGCCAAAGAUGAGUAUAUCACAAGGUACUUGGAAGGCAGCAUUGGCAGAGCAACAUGGGGCAACUUAGAGAGCACAAGCAGACCAUCAUUGAACUCUGCAGAUAAAGAUGAGGGUCCAUUGGGACCCAGUGCGGUUUCCCGGCUACCGCAUCUCGCAGUUACCUCCGAUGAAGCUGCACAGCUUGGAUACAUGCCAAACAGGGAUGACUUUGAAAGGGAGCAUGACCAUGAAGCGGAACAGUUAAUAUCAACACUAUCCCUGAAUCCUGAAGACGAUGAGUUGGAUGUUGCCCUGAAGCUGUCGCAAGUGGACAUAUACACACGUCGUCUAAGAGAGAGAACAAGAAGAAAGCGCUUAGUGAGGGACUACCAGCUGGUCUCUGUGUUCUUCAACAACCAGAGGAAUAAGCAGAAGACGCUUGGGAAACUUGCCAAAGAGAAAAAAGAGUUCACGGAGCGCGUGCGCUGGACGGCGCAGUUCUACGGGCGCCUGGAGCAGGCGGGCGUGGUGGGCGGGCUGUGGCGCGAGCGCGAGCUGCGCGUGCGGCUGGCGGAGCUGCACCGCUACCGCCUGGCCGGCGUGACCCGCCCCGAGGAGUGCGCGCACCACGACCAGCACGCCGCGCACCGCCGCCACGCGCCGCCGCACGACGCCCGCCCCGCCGCACGCCUGCUGGGCAGCAGUGGGUGCCUGGAAGCCAGCCAGACAAAAGAUCUAACGCCGAACAGCACGCAGCUGCCAAGAAAAAGAGACGGCGAAAGCGGCUCAAGUUCCACCAGCCCAAGGUGCACACGGGACGGAAGUACCGCAUGUGGAUGCUCCAAAAAGAGCUCAUGCAGCAACAGCAGCGCCGCAUGCUCGAGGCAGCUGCUGACCACUAACGAGAUACAGCUAUGUACGGCGUUGAGUUUAGCGCCGGCCCAGUACGUGACGAUGAAGGGAGUGCUGCUGCGACGCGGCGCCGACGCCGACGUCGACGUCGCCGUCCGACACUACCUGCAUGCCGCCGGCUGGGUGCACAACUAGACCAUACCCUGUUUCACAACCCUACAUAUUAGGCUACCCGCCGACGUCCGAUUUUAUGUAGGGCAGGUAAUCGGUCACCGAUUUUUUGUAGGACACAAAAACAGAACAUCUUGACAGCAAUAGUGCAACGCACGCGUCCCACAUGAAGUCUAUCAGAAAAUCUUACUAAGGACGUCCUACAAAAAAUUUGCCCGAUUAACUGUCCUACAAAGUUGACGUGGGCAGACUUACUCCAGUAUUUUGUUACCGUUUAUUGACUUAGUAAAUAUAUGAAAGGCGUUCCCUAGAGUCUAGGAUUUCUUCAGUGACCUAGACGAUCGAUUAAAUUGCGCAAUAUUAUGUACCUACUGUGCAAAGGAGGAUGUCCAAAAAAUUCAGAGUCAGUGUCGCGCGUAUACGAGUUACAAAACAGACUUUUGCCUUUAUAACAUUAGUGUGAUACUCAACUUAUAAUGUUUUUUUGAAAACGAAUAUUGGAUUUAGACACAGCAAGUCUGCUCUACCUUACCAAACAAAAAUCGGGUUCUUGAUCCAUACAGUUUUGGGCAUCCUCCUUUAUUGACCUACAGAGUUAAUAUUGGAGAUAGCGCAAAGAUUUUUAGUGACCAAAUUUGUUAUUGUAGUUCUAGGGGCUUCCUAAAACUCUGGUACCCAAGUUGUAUCUGGUUAGACUGGAAGCCGGGCCCAAAAUAGUUGGGAAACUGCUAGGCAGAUGAUAUGAUGAAAUAUUGGAGAUUGAAUAUUGGCCUUCUAGCUGGUUAAAAACAUAACAAAGAUGCUUCUGCAGAUAAAUUAUAGGAUUUAUAAAAUAUUCAGCUGUUAUCAAAUACCCACCAGUUGCACAAACUGUUUUUAUAUAAACCAAUCGAAUUGAAAGCCUCCUCUUUUUUAGAAAGCUGGUUAAUAUAGCCAGGGGUCUUAUUCGCUCUUUAGCAAUAUAAAAGCAUUACGCAGAAACUGUAACAUUGAAAUAAUCUAGGUUGUGAUGCUAAACAAUCCUUGACAGUUACUAAGUAAUAAUAAUUGGACUCAAAUAAAUCACUUAAAAUCGUAUGCCUUGACCUUUGUAUUUAAAACAGAGCUAGACAUUAAUCCAGGUAUUAGCCAAAUAAAGCACUGAUUUAUAGAUCGCUAGAUAUGCAGUAGGUUGACAAAAGUAGAUAUUUUAGUAAUAUCAGUGAAUAGACCAGCAUAAAACUCUAUAUAAAUAAAUUAUCUUAAUAUUGUUCCUAAAUUACAUUUAAAAAACAGUUAGCAACGUUCACAGUGACUAACUCGGUACAAAGUGUAUUAGUAAGACAAAAGUACGGUUGUGAAACAGGCUUACUUAUAAAGGCCGUAGCACAUAUAUCAACUUGUAAAUCAUCGAUUACGUUCAGAAGUUGAAAUACAAAUGAUACUGAAAGUCCCGAGUUGAGGUCCAUUUCCUAGUUGAUAUGUAUGCUACGACCCUAAAGCUACACCUCUACCUAUUGUUUCAAAAAUAUAUUAUCUAAGUAGAUUGUUAAAGUUUUUCAUAGAAGAAUCUUAGUGAAAACAUAUUGUGUAUAUUAUUCAGAGUUAACUCUUAAGGUGCUUGUUAACUGAUGUCUACUGCAAGUUUUGCCAUAUUGUACCGCAAAAGUAUGCGCGUGAGUGCCCAAUGUUUAUUUGUGGAAUAACUUCGAGAAUUCUAGAAAAAGACAAAGGUUUUGAAUAAACCAAUCAAAUGGAUGGCUUAAAUGUAUUAACGAAAAGUUCGAAAAUUCUAGAAUUAAGGCAUGAGAUUUGUGAGGACACCUCAGGCUCUAUUCUCAUUGGCCCAUUAGUCGAAUGCAAGCGUUGUGACAUUUAUUAGAGUAUCUAAGUAUAAUGAACUCUAUCACGAAGUAAUAAGGUACAUAAUAACAGCUUAAAUAAAAAAAAUCGCAUCGCUUUAUUUCGCCUGCAUUAGUCGUCAAUGGAGCCUACAACUAGAUUCUUCUUUAGUUAAAUUUAUUGAUAGAACUAUCAAUGUAUGAUUUUGCACGAAGUUAACCUCAUGUUGUAAGACUGCUCUUAUAGAGCAUUGUAAAUACUUUACGCCGAUGUAUAUAUGUAUUGCUUUGUAUUUCAUUCUCGACUGUGUUGAAGCUACGAUUCUUAUAAAUAUUCUCGAUAAUAAUAAAAAAAAAAAAACAAAAAAAAAAUGGAGUUGUCCCAAAAUUAUGUUAUGUUUAAAUGAAGUGUGAAAAACUGAUAAUACAUGAA